CAUAAAUUUAAAAUUGGAAACAUAGAAAAAGCGAUGUCAUAAUGGAGCCAAUGACCAUGCUGGUGUUGGCCUUCCAGCUGCUGGCGCUCUUCUCGAUCGCCGGCGCGCUGCUCAUCUAUCUGAUUUGCAAGGUGCGCGAGGACAGUGCAGCGGCAAGUGCCGCCGAGUCGCAGCCAAGUCGUGUGGUCCUGGUCACCAGUGCGGAUACAGCUCUCGGCCUGCAGCUGUGCACGCAUUUGGCCAAUAAGGGAUGCCGCGUCUUCGCUGGCAUGAAGGAGGCACACGAUUCGCUGCCAGCCAAGCUCCUGUGCGGCUGGAUGAAGAUCCGGGAAUAUAGCGAAGAGCCUAUUGCCGGAACCAUAAUACCGAUGCGUCUCGAUGUGACCCGCGAGGAUGUGUUGCGCGAGGCUACGGUGGCGAUGGGUGCGCACCUCAAUGCCGAUGAGCGUGGCAUUGCGGCGGUGAUCAAUACCAGCGGCAGUGUGUUCCGCGGCAAAGUGGAGUCCCAGGAUGUGCAGCAGUGGGAGCAUAUGCUAAAGACCAACAUUCUGGGCACUUUGCGGGUGGCCAAGGCCUUUGUGGGCUUUCUGCGUCCCACACGCGGUCGUCUUCUAUAUCUGGGUGGCGGAGGUGGCGAUGGUGGUCCUCGCUCAGGUGGCGAUGGCCUGGUGGCCUUCAAUGCCUCCCGCGUGGCCGUUGACAAGUGCGCCGAGGAGUUGCGCAAAGAGCUGCAGCCGUAUGGCGUCAGCGUUGUGGCCUUGGACACCUGCGGCAUGACAGCCGAGUCACUCUACAAGGCUCCCGUGGCACAGACCAUGUCGGCCACGGCGGGAGCACCCACCCAGUACACGGCGGACGUCCUGAGCCCGGGCGCCUUGCAGGUGAUCGAGCGGGCUUUGUGGGACUUUGCGCCGCAGCAACGCUAUUCGCUGCUCACCCACAACAAGUAUCAAUUCACGUUGCCAUGCCGCUCCUCGCUGCGUCUUCAGCGGCCCUCAGCAGCCGGUGUUCCAUCAUCCGAGGCGUCCGCUGCUACGCAAUCGGUUUGAGGACGACGCCGCCUGUUGCCGCUACCGCUGCUGCUGCUCUCCCCACGCUUCCUGUAUAUACGCCCCCGUAUCCCCCCCGACUCCCUGCCCUGAUGCACCUGCUCCUUGUUACCCGGGAUCCGAUCUGCUCUUAACCCUAUUCCCGCCAAAAAAGCGCGUGGCGGCUAUUGGCAAAUUAUUUUUUGUUUCUUCUUCUUCCUCCUUUUGUCAGGAAGAAUGGCGUUUUUAUAUUAUUUUAUACUCAUUUUUUGUACACACACACACACACACAGCUCUUCGUAAUGUUACGGAAUUUUGACAAAAAGAAUAAAAACUUUUGUGCUAAUCAAAACAAUAAGAGCUGCAUGUUGGCAGAUAGGCCUUGUGUGUGGCAAUAUUAUGGGGGA